AUGUCUAUCUAUACCGAGGAUGGAUCCAGGAUAUCUGACAUGCCAGGGAUUAUACAUGUAUUUACUGAUUACUAUAAAAAACUCCUUGGUGCUACUAGAUCUACUGCUCCUCCAGACCCAGCUGUGAUUUCUAAUGGUCCAAUUAUCACUCCUAACCAGUCUAAUGAAUUGAGUUGUCAUGUUACUAGAGAAGAGAUCAAACAAGCUGUUUUCUCUAUGGCUGAGGGCAAAGCUCCUGGACCUGAUGGCUUCAGCAUUAUUUUCUUUAAGAAGGCUUGGCACAUUAUCAGUGAAGAUCUUUUCCUAGCAAUUGAAGAGUUCUUUUGCUCUGUCUAUAAAAUCAUCACAAAAAUUAUAGCAAGCAGAAUUCAGAGGGUUCUGGGUCACUUGAUUAAUGAUGCACAAAGCGCUUUUGUUAAAGGGAGACUCAUUUCUAGCAACAUUUUGAUGGCUCAUGAACUGGCUAAGCAUUAUGGAAGGAAAAACAAUUCUCCAAGAGCUAUUCUACAUAUAGAUUUGAGGAAGGCUUUUGAUACUAUAAACUGGGACUUUAUCAGGGUUGUUAACUGCAAAGCUGAUAUGGAUUCAAUUUCAAGAUUGAAUAGAUGUCUACAAGAUUUUAGUCAAGUUUCUGGUUUGGAAGCAAACCCCAACAAAUGCUCAAUAUUUUUGAGUGGAGUUAAUGAUAGUCUAAGAGAACAGAUAUGCAACUAUCUUAAUUUUUCUAUGGGGGAGUUGCCAAUUCGCUAUCUGGGCAUGCCGCUGAUUGCAAAAAGGCUUACUUACUUGGAUUGCUCUCCUCUAAUCAGCAAAAUUUCUGGACGAUUUCAAUUCUGGCAACAAAGGAGGAGUUUAUCAUAUGCUGGAAGAAUUCAGUUGAUAAAAUAA